UUCGUUUCAGCCAGCUGAGCAACAUAAUAAACAUCAGCUGUUGUCCUGGUGAGGCUCACAGGCGAGAUGUUUUCUUGGGGAGAAGACUGUCGGCGAGGCUUCUGUCUGAAAGGAGACCCCGUCACAGAUGAAGGAGUUCAUUAUUUAAAUUUUGGUCAUAAUGUCACGGAUCUCUCAGCAGGUCGCAGCGUGCUGGCUUUCCUUAAAAGUAACGGGAAUGCGUUCAUUUUGCGCACUGAUGAGAGCAAAGAUGGAAACAGAGUAAGAAGAAAACAGAAGUUUGUGAAGUGUAAGGAGAGGAUUGAGGCAGUGAGCUGUGAAGAUGAUGUAGUAAUGCUGCUGUCUGAGAAAGGCUCUGUUUUCUGUGUAGACACGACCCGCACCCCGUACACACCAAGGACAUUGGAUGCUUUUUCUAACAUACCAGUUGCACAGGUUGCUUGUGGGAGCCAGCAUUCAGUUGCUCUGACAAAAGAGGGUCAGGUGUACACCUGGGGCCUGGACUCCAGGGGUCAGCUCGGACUGGGGAAGAGACAUUCAGGAGCGAGAUCACCUCAGCCAGUCCGAUCCUUGUUGUCCAUCCCCGUGGUUCAGAUCUCUGCGGGAGGAGACCAGAGCUUCGCCCUCUCCGUGUCCGGAGGCGUGUUCGGCUGGGGCAGGAACGACUGUGGACAGCUCGGACUGGGAGACACAAAAGACAUGUACACACCAGCUUGUGUUCAAAGUUUGAAUCUGAAGAAAACAGGCGACAUUUCCUGCGGGAAAGACCACACCGUCGUUUUGACAAAGCAUGGUUCAGUGUUCACAUUCGGUUCUGGUCAAUAUGGACAACUUGGACACAACUCCUUGCGAAAUGAACUCCGGCCUCGACUUGUUGCUGAACUUUGGGGGGCAAAAGUUAUCAAGAUUGCAUCCGGGAGGUAUCACACAUUAGUUCUGACAGACAGCCAAAAGGUCUACUCCUUUGGUUGUCAAACUCAAGGUCAGCUGGGAAACAGAGAAGAAAGCAAUCCAUCUGUGCCUCUACCUGUUCGUCUACCUCGAGUUUCAGAUGCAGUUCAUUCCAGAAUUGGAACCAUCUUUGCUGGAGAAAACUGUUCAUUUGCAGCCUGCUCUUCUGAUGAGGAAGUUGACUUAAAUUCAGACACUAACACAGUCAGCAAAGCAACUCAGCACAGUUUAGAAGAUGUGGUUGAUAAAUGGACGUCUAAAUGUGAUGAAAAGUCAUGGAGAAAGAUUAGGCAGGAAAUCCACAGGACAUUUUUAUCUGCAUCCUGUUUGAACAAAAGCUUCCUUGAAGAAAGAAAAGAUAAACAUUUAAAAACCUCGUCAAAGUACCAUGGGCUGAACCUGAAACUGGCCCGACGGCAUUUUAAGAAACUGGUCAAGACAGACCAGUUUGUCUGGAGAGAGGUUGAAGCUGCAAUUCUGCAGUUGCUUCCUCUCCUUGAUAAGAACCCAGUAGGAGUGGAGAGUCUGAGGAUCUUUCUGCUCCUCAAUGAGCUUCUUCAUGUCAUCCAGAAGUACAAAAAGCAGCAGCGCAACAAGCUAGCUGAGAUGGUCGCUACUGCUGUAGCAAGCCUGUCAAGGGAAAGCCUCAAGGUUUUAGGUGAGUGGUGGUCCUCGCUGUCGUCAUCCACCAUGAAGAGAUUUGUCAGCGUGUGGAGGCAAGCUCUCUGUCUGAUCUUGUCCGAUGAGCAUGCUCCUCGCAGUGAUGGUGUCAGGAACCUGCUUCAAGUUCUUCAGUAUAUGUACAAUGUUAACAGCAGGGUUUCUGAGUCGCAAAGGCUGCCAGAAAGUGAUUUUUAUGUGAUGAUUGAAGAAAAGUUUCUCUUCAGAGAACUGCAAAUCUGGCGUUUAAAAUCAAAACGCAGGUAUGUGCAUGAUGAGCCACUUGUUCUGUGCAACUUCCCGAUUGUGAUGGAUCUGCCAACAAAGACAAUGGUUUUUAACAUGAAUACUGAUCUCACCCAGCAGGAGGAGUUCGGGAUGAGUAUUUUGGACCAGGUGUUCAUGGAAAUGUUUCUCAGUUUAGAGUUAGGGUGUUACCCUAACUCUCCCUACUUGGAACUGCACCUAAACCGAGCGUCUGUGUUAAACGACACAUUUGAACAGCUGGCUGAGGCUGAUCAGAAAGAUUACAAGAGAGAACUUGUGGUGUUUUUUGAUGAGAACUAUGAAAUUGAUCCUGUCUACGUAAAAGACUUUUUCCAUGAAGUCUUUCAUGAGUUGAUGUCUGCUGAAUCUGAGAUGUUCAUGUUCAAUGACUCCAAAACACUGGCGUGGUUCUCCUCUGAAGCUUCACAGGAGGACCAGCGUUUCCACCUGUUUGGGGUUUUGUGUGGACUGGCUUUGUACAACAAGGUGAUCAUUUACUUACCCUUCCCACUGGUGCUGUUCAAAAAGCUGCUUGGAGUGAGGCCUUCACUGCACGAUUUGAAAGAAUUCAGUCCAAGUUAUGGCAAUGGUCUGCAGUCCAUCCUGGACACAGAAGAAGACCCAGAGGAGAUGUAUUUUACAAUCCCAUGGGAUGGAACUGAGAUUGAUCUUGAUCCUGAAAAUCCUGACAAGCAAGUUACCAACGAAAACAAGAGAGAGUUUGUUGACGCCUUUGUGAACUAUGUCUUCAACACGUCAGUGGAGGUUGUGUUUUACGAGUUCAAGCGAGGUUUCUUCCAAGUUUGUGACCGGGACUUGGUGAGACAUUUUACACCAGAGGAACUGCAAGAAACUCUAGUUGGAAAGGACUUCUGUGACUGGGAAAAGCUGAAACAGAACACGGUUUAUAAGGGCGAGUACAAUGCCGACCACCCCAUCAUACAGAUGUUUUGGGAAGUUUUCGAUGAGCUAAAGGAGAAUCAGAAGAACACCUUUCUGUGGUUCGUCACUGGGUUUGAACGGGUUCCAAUCCUCGGCUUGGACAAGAUAAAGAUGAUCAUCAAAGUUGAAUCCAUGAAGGAUGACCAGUAUUAUCCUGCGACCCACACGUGUACCUCCACCCUGGAACUGCCGCUGUAUUCAUCCAAAGACAUCAUGCAAGCCAAACUAACCGAAGCUCUUAGCAACAAAAGGAUCAGUCAGUGCGAAAUGAAAAGUAUGCAGAAAGUGCAGUUCUUACACAGUGAAUACUUGAAGGUUUCACUUUCGUUUACCUUCUCUACCGCGAUAACUGCUCAGACCUUCAAUAAAAGGACCAGCUGUAAACCCUUUACAGCCUCAUUCACCAACAUGUUUUCGUGGGGUGAGGACUAUCGGCAGAGCUUUCGCCAGAAAAAGGCCUCAAAUGUCCCAACUUCAGAUCGAGUUCAUGUUUUAAACCUCAGCUUCCGCAUCAGGGACCUUUCUGCUGCUCACAAUGUUCUCGCUUUCGUCAAAGAUGCUGGAGAGGCGUCUAUUAUCCGCACACAGGAGAGCGGAGAUGGGAGAAGAGGGAGGCAAAAGUUUGUUGAUUGUGGUGAGAAGAUCCAGGCUGUUAGCUGUGGAGAUGAUGUUGUCUGCCUUCUGUCUGAUGGAGGUAAACUCUUCUGCGUGGACCCAAAUAUCACUCCGUUCACUCCCAGACCUCCACCAGCGCUGUCCAGAAUCAUAGUGACCCAGAUUGCCUGUGGGAGCCAUCAUACUAUUGCACUCACCAAAGAUGAUCAAGUGUACACAUGGGGCCAGGACUCCAGGGGUCAGCUGGGACUGGGUGGGAGUAAUUCUGGAGCCAGUUCACCUCAACACAUCAGAUCUCUGUCAGCCAUCCCGGUGGUUCAGAUCUCUGCGGGAGGAGAGCAUAGCUUUGCUCUCACCGUGUCCGGAGGCGUGUUGGGCUGGGGCAGAAAUGACUGUGGACAGCUCGGACUGGGAGACACUGAAGAUAGAACCACACCAGUGCCAGUCAAUUAUCUGAACACGAAGAAAGUCAUUCAUAUUUCCAGUGGACAGGAACACACUGUUGCUCUGACAAAGGACGGUGCAGUGUUUACGUUUGGCUCCAGCCGAUACGGACAGCUUGGACACAACUCAUUCCGAAAUGAGCUCCGUCCUCGGCUUGUUGGAGAGCUCUGGGGGACAAAGGUCACCAAAACUGCAUGUGGGAGAUAUCACACAUUAGUGCUGACAGACCGUAUGAAGGCGUACUCCUUUGGCUGUAAUGACCAUCAGCAGCUGGGACGUGACGAGGAGAGUCAUCCGUCUGUCCCACUACCUGUACAAAUACCUCUCUGUCCCACAAACGGUCACCGGAUUGAAAAUAUCUUCGCUGGAGCAGAUAGUUCGUUUGCAACCUGGAGACCUAAAGAGGACAGAUUAAACUCAAAGAUCAACAUAACACAACAGCCUAUUGAAAAACUGGUGGAUCAAAGGACCUCUGAUGCAAGGUUGGGACGAGUGACAAAACAGGAAAUUCAUAGAACAUUUUCCUCUGCUUCAAUUGUGAAUCGAAGUUUCCUUGACCAAAGCAAAGAUAAGCAUUUUCGGACCUCAACAAACUACCCUGGUUUGGAUUUACCGUUGGCCCAAAGUGUGUUUGAAAACCUGUUAACUGAGGAUGUUCUUCAAACCGAGGUUGUAAAGGCUGUCCUGCUGUUGCUUCCUCGUCUUGAUAACAAACCGGUGGGAGUGGAGGGUCUGAGGGUCUUCCUGGUUCUGACUGAGCUUCUUCAUGUGACUCAGAAAUAUUGUCAGCCACAGAUCUUCUUAACAAGCCUGAAGCUGGUCGAGGAAAUUAGUGCUGCCUUCCAAAAACUUUCUCCUGAAAGCCUCCGGAUUAUAGGAGACUGGUGGUAUUCACUGUUACCCUCUACAAUGGUCAGACAUGUAAACGUAUGGAAGACGGCCCUCUCAUGGCCAGUUUCUCGCUGCUCAUUCAAGUGUAUCCUGCUGAUCCUCCAGAAUCUGUUCGAGGCCAACAGGAAGAAAAUCCCUGAAAAGACAUUUUGGGUGGAGUUUCACCCAACAUUUCUUCAAGAAGAUCUGCAGCUGUGGCGUAGAAUGUCACUAAACAGGAUGAGGGAUAAUCAACCCCUCAUGCUCUGUGAUUUUGCAUUUGUUAUGGAUCUGAAGUCAAAGAAAAUGGUUUUUGACUUGAACGCUACUUGGACUCAGGAUGAGCAUCAGAGGGUUUUUGUUCCUCCCUUUGGAUGGACUCUUCAGUCAAAUUGUUUUUUUGAACUCGACCUGAGCCGAGCUUCACUUUUGGAGGAAACCUUCGUUCAGCUGGCCUCUGCUCAUCAAACUGACCUUAAGAAGCCACUUGUGGUGUACCUUGAUGGAGACUCAAAGGUCACACGAGUCUAUAGAUCAGAUUUUUUUCACCACCUCAACAUAGUUAAAGAAAAAGGAGAGAUGUUCAUGUUGAACGAGUCUGAAACACUAGCCUGGUUCUCCUCCAAAGCAGCAGAGAGAGACCAGGCAAACUUCCACUUGUUGGGGAUUCUGUGUGGAUUGGCCUUAUACAAAAACAAACAAUUUCCCUUCCCACUGGUUCUGUUCAAAAAGCUGCUCGACAUUGAGCCAACGCUGGAAGAUAUGAUGGAGUUCAACGAAGGAGUUGGCAGGCAUCUGCAGUACAUAUUGGACUACAAAGAGGACCUGGAAGACCUGUUUAUCACCUUCGAGAUAAACUGGGAUGAGACAGAUGUUGACCUUGAUCCUAGUAAUCCAGGAAAGCCGGUCACAAACCAAAAUAAGAAGGAGUUUGUGGAUGCCUACGUGAAUUAUGCCUUCAACAAGUCAGUGGAAGGCGUGUUUCAGGAGUUCAAGCGCGGUUUCUUCCUGGUGUGUGACCAGCAGCUGGUGAAGCUUUUUAGACCAGAGGAGCUGCAGGGAGUCUUGGUGGGUGGAGACGUCUAUGACUGGGUGAAGCUCAAACAGAACACACAGUAUGAGGUGGUCAGUGACAAACACCCAACCAUACAGAUGUUUUGGGAAGUUUUUGAUGAACUUACCGAAGAACAGAAAAAAGAUUUUAUUUUGUUUCUGACUGGGUUUCGGAAAGUCCCUGUUCUUGGCAUGGAUCAGAUCAGGAUGACAAUAAGAUUAAAACAAAUCCAGAGUGGCCUCGAUGAUGAGCAAUUCCCAGAGUCAUUGACAUGUCACUCUAUUCUUGAAUUGCCGUUGUACUCGACCAAAGAGAUCAUGCGGGAAAGACUGACAAAGGCCCUGGAAUCAAAGGGAGGAUUCAGGGCGUGAAUCUAUUAGCAUAUUACACACUAACUCAGGGUAACAUAUUGCAAUGAACUGGAAAUGUGCCAUUUAAACGACGUGAAGUCACAGCACUUAAUAUAUAUAUAUAUCAUAUACAUUUACACUAAACAAAUUACCUUUUUUUCUGUGAUCUACUGCACUUAGUAUUUUUAUUUACACAAGCUUUUAACAAAUAAAGUAUUUUUAUUAUUAUAUGAUAUACAGACGUGAAGUUCAGAGAACAAUUUAUUUCCUUGUAUGUUUAUAUUUUGGGGUUCUCACUGCAACAUUGAGUUUAAGGUGUUAUUCUUAGUGUUGUUGCUGAUGUGACUUUGUUCCCUCUCUGUUUAAAUAAAGAGUAAAGAAGAUUAUUUAUUUAUUUUCUUUUAAUGAAACAUUGACCAACAUAUUUGAUGUGUAUGAUUUUGGUGAUGGCACUCAUAAAAAUGCGAUGUUUGUUCAAUUGUUGACAGUAUGGUAUUUUUUUUACAACUUUGUAAUUUUGUAUUUUUGUUAUGUAAAGCUGCUGAAAUGUGCUACACAAAUUAACCUGACUUGACUUGACUUAAACAAUAUUAUCACUGAAAUAUACAUUAAAUGAAUAUUAGCCACCAUGGCUACUCAAUGGCAGGGAAUCCGGCAAUGAUUUUAUGUUUUAGAAAUUGUAAUAAUUUCUUAUUCUUUGUGAUUUUUGACUUUCACGUUCGUAACUGUAUAAUAAACCACAAUGUUGUUGGAAAUAAUGAGAUUGGUGGUUACUGAAAAAAUGGGACUUGUUUUGAGAAAAAUAUUGUCAUAAAUGCAUACAGCU